AUGGACGAAGACAUCUCACUUCCGAACAUUAAGCCACUCCUCAAGGACAACGGUUCCAACAUGGAGGUGCAGGAGGAGAACAUGGAUGCCCAGACAGCUGAAGGCGAGCCAAUGCCACAUAACGACUGCUAUCUUUCAGACCAGCUAAAUGGCACUACGAUUGCUGUGUCAACAGAUCCGUAUACACCGCAUUCACACUCAUUAUCAUCUUCCAAAUCCCUCUCCGAACAUAUAAUUGAAGACAUCCUCGAAAAUGGCCGCCGCUACUGCAACGAAACCUAUUUUAUGCCAAACGACGAAGCUGAGCAAACUAGACUAACAAUAGAGCACCAAAUCUACUUAAUAAUCUACGACGGCGAACUCACAAAAACAACACUACCCCCAGAAACAGCCCGCGUCUUCGACAUCGGCACGGGAACCGGCGACUGGGCGCUCGCUAUGGGCGAACUCUACCCCGACGCCGAGAUCCUCUCUGUCGACAUCUCCGUCUUCGACUCAGACACCGUCUCCAUCGCGCCGCCCAACGUCUUCUUCCAAAUCGACAACGUCGAGUGCGGCGAAUGGGGUUACCACCAACCAUUCCACUUCAUCCACAUACGUGGCUUAUCCGGGGGGAUCGCGGACUGGCCCGCCCUGUACCGCAAGGCCUUUCAGAAUCUGGAACCUGGUGGCAGCAUUGAGGUCACCGAUGUAGAUUUUACCUCCGGUUUACUGAACGCACACAACGCACCUGCCAAUUCGUAUCUGAGCAUAUUCAUAUCUGCCAUUCGCUCCGCGGCGGAUGUAGCGGGCUACCCGUGCGAUCUGAAACAUCUGCGUGUGUCCGCGCUAGCAGCGGCGGGGUUUGUUCAGAUCCGGACGCAUAAUAUUGAGGUGCCGAUUGGGACCUGGCGUGAGGGGGAUCCUAGGGGUAAUACGCUGGGGAAGAUGGUGCUCAUCGUGUUGCUGGAAGGGCUGGAGGCAAUGAGUAUGCGGUCAUUGACCAAGUACGUGGGGUGGACGCCGGAGGGGGUGAGGGAUCUUUGUGACAAGGUGAAGAUGGAGAUUGUGAUGGGAGGAGCUGAGGGCGCGAAGGGCGUUGUGAGGGUGGUUACGGCCAAUAAACCCAAACAGUGA